UUUGCUCCUCGACACCCUUUUUUGUCCACACUCUCUCUUAUUAAAAUAGACACCAUCGGAGGUGAACUACACAUCCCGGAGUGCUCCUCAUAACCCCUCCGAUCCGGAUCUGUGUGAUUUUUGGCGCUGAGCAGCUGCAGGAGAGACCGACCAACGGGCCUGGACUAAAAUUUUAAAAAAGAAAUACUGAAAACAGGGUGCUUUUGUUGAACUAGAGGAAGAGGGAGCUAGAGAUUAUUGUUGUUAUUAUUAUUAAGAAAGGCUGCACACUGGAGGGGGCGAGAACUGAACAUAUCUAUCGGUGGUAGGGUUUCUACUAACCGCUCCAGUCCCUACACUGAGGAAGAGCCAGGCUUUGGGAUUGGGCAGCAACCAGAUAGCGUAACACCCCCUCCUCCUCUCUGUUGAGAAUUGCGUUAAAACGAAAAAGGAAAAGGCCUGCGCUUUAUCUAUAACACAGGGAUUUUUUUUGAUUUUUUUUUUUCCUUAUAUAUUAAACGAGGACCCGUUGCUGGCUGGUGUAUGUGUUUAGAAUGGGACACGCUGAAGGUCCAGUCAAAGAAAAAGACAGUUAAGGAUGCAGGAGCCCAACAAUGGAUUUCUCCUUCUCUUUCAUGCAAGGGAUCAUGGGAAAUACAAUUCAGCAACCCCCUCAGCUCAUUGACUCAGCCAACAUCAGACAGGAAGGCACCUGCGACACCGGCAGUGAUCCAGGCGAGGAUGGUGGUCCCUCCUACGAUGCUGCCCUGGAUGCAGAGUUUUCCUACCCGCCGUCAGCCUCGGAGGACAUGUCGCAGGUCUCCAAUGGCUACCCGCCUGGUCUGGGCAUGUACGAGCCGCAGGCCAAGUUCUCCAUGUACUCACAGUUCCCCAACGGCUCAGCUAACGGCUACGGCGCCAUACGGAGCUAUGGAGAUCACGGUCUUAUGCCGGGAGAGGGGACGGUCCUGAGAGGCCCAGGCCUCCAGGAGAGACCUUUGUCUCCUGUUUCCCCACCUCUGCCCACACAUCACCCGCACCUCCACCACCACCAUCAUCACCCCCAUCACCACCACCCCGCGCACCAUUUCCACUCAAACCCACCCCACAUACAAACCCACCCUCACCCACAGAGUCCCCCGCCGCCACCUCUCCCCUCCCAGCACCACAUGCCCCAUACGCCUCACAUCAUGACCCACACUCUCCCUCCUCCUCCCCCAUUGCUCCUGCCCUCCUCCAGUCCUCCCCCCUCACUCGUGGACAGCACCCCAUCUUCUCAGCCCUCCCACGCCCUGUCCAACACUCCUGGUGGGGUGCUGAAGAAAACCAGCUCUCCAGAGAUCAAGCUGAAGAUCAUAAAGACGUAUCAGAACGGGAAGGAGCUGUUUGAAUCUGCGCUGUGUGGAGACCUGCUGCAAGAACUGCAGAAGGAGUCUCAGAAGAAGGAGGCCACUCAGAUGCAGCGCAGACAUGAGAGGAAGAAGGAGAAGAGGAAAAAGAGUGCGAGGCUGCAGCUGCAGGUCCAGGAACAGAAGCUGGACCAGGGCCAAGCGCAGGCAGGUACCACGGAGCAGACAGAGGACAUCCACAUCCAGCCCCAGCCGAUAGAAACACCCCCAGCCCAGACAGAGAAGCCUCAGAAGACCGUUAUCAAAACUGAACCAAAGACGCCAAAGGUUCCGAAGGUCCAUCAUCCGUCAGUGAUCCAAGAGACAGGCUUCUGUAAGGAGUUUGUGAUAGGAGAUCUGGUGUGGUCCAAGGUGGGCACCUACCCCUGGUGGCCCUGCAUGGUCUCCUCUGAUCCGCAGAUGAAGGUCCACACUCGCAUCAACACCAGAGGUCAUCGAGAGUAUCACGUUCAGUUCUUCGGCAGUGUGGCUGAGCGAGCGUGGAUCCAUGAGAAGAGGAUAGUGCUGUACCAGGGGAAGCAACAGUUUGAUGAUCUUCAGGCUGAGACUCUGCGCAAGGCCACAAACCCUGUAGAGAAACACAAACUUCUGAAGCCUAUCCCUCAGCGGGAGCGUUCUCAGUGGGAGGUUGGUGUGGGUCACGCCGAAGACGCCUUCGUGAUGACGCGGCAGGAGCGAAUUGACAACUACACCUUCAUCUACUUUGACCCAGACCCUAAUGAAGGCAUGCCCAGCAAGAAACCCAACAUCAGGUCUGAGAAGCGAAACCGGCGCUCCAGCGGGUCGGUCAGCAAGAAGGAAGAGGGAACCGUGAAGUCACCAGAGAGAGAGCAGCCGCCGCGAAGGCUGCUGCCACGCAGGCAGUGCAGUGUUUCAAACACAGAGGACAACACAAACUCCCAGGCUUCAAAUGAAGAGAAGAACCAGACCAGGGGGGGGGACCAGCGUAAGACCAGCUCCCCGAAACGGAACGCUGGUUGUAAUGCACGAGCGCAGCAGGACUCGCCGCCACCAGUCAGGGCCUGGAAAACAGCGGCCGCCAGGAAGUUGCUGCCUCUAUCCAUCACCAUGAAGCGGCUGAAUGUGGAGAUCACAAAGUGUGACUGGCCUCUCCUGCAGAAAAAAGCAGCUGCAUCUCCAAAAAAGGACCGAGAGGAAGAGAAGGAGGAGAGAGUGGAGAGAGAGGCCCGGCAGCCCGACCUGGGGUACUGCUCACCUGAGGACAGCAGAGCUAAACCUGAGCCCAGUCCAGAGGAGGAGGAAGACGGGGACGACGGGGAGGAAGAGGAGAGGAGAGGCUCCCCCGCCAGUCGGAGGAGUGAGGAGGGAGGAAUGCAGCAAACCUCCUCUCCUGGAUCACACCACAGUAGUCCACACGGUUCUCAGGAGAGGAAGCUGCAGCGACGGUCAGUCAGGAGCAGGUCUGAGUCAGAGAGAGGCAACGAUCCCGUCCCUAAGAAGAAAACCAAAAAGGAACAGGCUGAGAUGGCUCCUGAGACCACACUGAGGACUGGUUCACAGAAAGGAGCCAGUGAGAUCUCAGAUGCCUGCAAGCCCCUGAAGAAGCGAAGCAGAGCGUCAACGGAUGUGGAGAUGGCUUCUUCUCAGUAUAGAGACACCUCUGACUCUGACUCCAGAGGCCUCAAUGACCCACAGGGUUUAUUUGGGAAGAGUCUUGAUAGUCCAGCAGCUGCAGAUGCAGACGCAUCAGAUACUCAGUCUGUGGACUCCGGCUUGUCCCGUCAGGACGGCAGCACCGGAAAGAGAGACACCGUCUGCCAGAUCUUUGUGGUUUUCGUAUUUUUUUUUUUGGUGUGUGAAGGUGACUGCAGCAGACAGUUUCACCUGGACUGUCUUGGUCUGGCGUCCCUACCUGAAGGCAGAUUCACCUGCUUAGAAUGCAGAAAUGGCAAUCAUCCUUGUUUUAGCUGUAAAACGGCAGGGCGGGAGGUGACACGCUGCUCUGUGUCUGGAUGUGGUUGUUACUACCACGAGGACUGUGUCCGUAAACUGCCAGGCACCAGCAGCAGUUCGGGCGGAGGUUUCAGCUGCCCUCAGCACAGCUGCUCUACCUGCUGCCUGGAACGAGACCUGCAGCGAGCCAGUAAAGGUCGUCUGAUGCGUUGUAUCCGCUGUCCGGUGGCCUAUCACACAGGAGACAGCUGCGUUGCGGCAGGCAGCGUCUCCAUCACCCAUCACAUCAUGAUCUGCAGCAACCACGGCAGCGCCAAGAGGAACGGCCUCCUCACCUCUCCUAUCAACGUGGGCUGGUGUUUCCUGUGUGCUAGAGGACUGUUAGUGCAAGACCUUACUGACACCAUAUUAAGUUCAUAUGCCUAUAAGUCCCACUACCUUCUGACUGAGUCAAAUCGUGCUGAGUUGAAAUUACCUAUGAUUCCCUCUCCUUCGUCAGCUACCAAAAAGAAUGUUGGGAAAGGAGGCAAGUUGCUGUGCUGUGACACAUGCCCAGCUUCCUUCCACCCGGAGUGUCUGGAGAUGGAGAUGCCAGAGGGGGCGUGGUCCUGCAGUGAUUGCAGGGCAGGGAAGAAACCUCACUACAAACAAAUUGUCUGGGUCAAACUGGGCAACUACAGGUGGUGGCCAGCAGAGAUCUGCAACCCUCGCUUGGUGCCGUCAAACAUUCAGAGCCUUCGCCACGACAUCGGUGACUUCCCUGUCUUCUUCUUCGGCUCCCACGACUACUACUGGAUCAACCAGGGUCGUGUCUUCCCCUACGUGGAGAAUGACAAGAACUUCGUCACGGGUCAGAUCAACAUCAACAAAACCUUCAAGAAAGCUCUGGAAGAAGCAGCCCGGCGGUUUCAGGAACUUAAGGCGCAGAGGGAGAGCAGGGAGGCUUUAGAGCAGGAACGCAACUCUCGCAAACCUCCACCGUACAAAUUCAUCAAGUCCAACAAACCAGUGGGAAAAGUGCAGAUGCACGUAGCUGACUUGUCAGAAAUCCCACGAUGCAACUGCAGACCAACAGAUGAGCAUCCUUGCAGCCUCCACUCCCAGUGUCUCAACCGCAUGCUGCAGUACGAGUGUCAUCCACAGGUGUGUCCUGCAGGAGACAGCUGUGAGAAUCAGUGUUUCUCUAAGCGGCUAUAUGCAGAGACAGAGGUGAUAAAGACAGAUGGACGUGGCUGGGGUCUCAGGACCAACCAGGGUCUCAGGAAGGGUGACUUUGUUACAGAGUAUGUGGGAGAGGUGAUCGACUCUGAAGAGUGCCAGCAGCGAAUCAAACGUGCCCAUGAAAAUCAUGUGACCAACUUCUACAUGCUCACCCUCACUAAGGAUCGUGUGAUCGACGCUGGCCCCAAAGGAAACUCCUCUCGGUUUAUGAACCACAGCUGCAGCCCAAACUGUGAAACCCAGAAGUGGACGGUAAACGGAGACGUUCGCAUUGGACUCUUCGCCCUCUGUGAUAUCGAGGCUGGCACAGAACUGACGUUCAACUACAACCUGCACUGUGUGGGCAACAGGAGAUCAUCUUGUCACUGUGGAUCAGACAACUGCUCUGGAUUCCUCGGGGUGCAGCCAACGAGCGCUGUGGUAAUGGAGAAAGAGGAGAAGGCCAGGAACGCUAAGCUGAAGCCGAAGAAGCGGAAGCUGCGGCCGGAGGGUAAACACACGCACGAGUACUUCUGUUUUUGCUGCGGAGAAGGAGGCGAGCUGGUGAUGUGUGACAGAAAGGACUGUCCGAAAGCGUACCACCUGCUGUGUCUCAACCUCACCAAGCCGCCAUACGGACGUUGGGAAUGUCCGUGGCACGACUGCAGCAUUUGCGGGGCCCCGGCCUCAUCUCUUUGUGACUUCUGCCCCCGCUCUUUCUGCCGGGAUCAUGAGGCGGGGGCGCUCACCUCCUCCUCCCUCGAAGGCCGCCCCUGUUGCUCCAGUCACAACCCCGCCAGCCCCCUGGGCUCCAGCUCGACCCAGCAGCGCCGCGCCGCCCUGAGCCCUGUCAACGUCAAAGAGGAGCCGGAGGCGGGCCAGCCGGCUUCAGAGUGACAUCGCAGUUCCCUCAAUACCUCAUUCCCUGUAAAGUGCACUCCUGUUGGCCCCCCCGGGCUCUGAUCCACCUCUGAUCUGAAGCAGUGCACCAUAAAAGGGAAUACAGUGCUUUUUGACCAGUGCGAUGGCCGAGUUGAGACACACAGACGAACACCUCAAUGCCGUUUGUGGCGACAGCGACUGGAGUGUCGGCAGGGGAAGUGACCAGGCAUCAUUGUGCACAGUUUUCUCUCCCUUCUCUUGCUACUAAAACACCACUAUGAACGCUCUCUACAGCUCGCCUGUGCCCAUCGGAGGGCCCGGGCCACCACCUCAUUAUGUUUCUUUUUUUAUUUUUACAGCUGUGGAAAUUUUAAGUGUUGUCACGUCGUCAAGUUACCGGCACUUUGAAGAACUCAGCAAGUGAGGUGGAGGGAGAGGUAGAGAGAAGAGGAGGAGGAGGAGGAUGUGAAGCUUAACCUCUCCACCGCCACGCUGCUCCUCUCCUUGUUCACCUGCUGUAAGCCGUGGUCAGCAUCUCACACACAGGAUGGCUGUACGGAGAUGAGCCAGCCUUCGUCCUCCUUCUCCUCCUCCUCCUCCUCCUCCCCCCAAACAGCCGACCAUCACUCCAGACGUGAGCUGUCAUCGUAUUUAUCUCUUCUUCUUCUUCGUGGAGGAAAAAAAGGGGGGAAACGACUGAUUUUGUGCAAUUUUUUUCAGGACCACACUACAUUCCAACCUUCCUUAGACAUGGUUUUAAUAUACUUAUGGGUAUAGAUGAAUAUAAUUAUAUACAGUAUCUAUGUUUGUUAAUGUUUACAGACAGAUUCUCUCACUUCAUCUCGGUGAGUGGUGUAUUAUGUUUGUUUGUUUAGGUGUUAAGCAUUACGCAGACCUCCUUGUGAAAAUAGUCCUAUUAAGGUGAAAUAUAAUGGUAUAUAGUGUAAUGGUAUGACAUUACAGAAGUACUUGUGAUUUUCAUAUUGCCAGUCUCACUCGCCAUUGUGUACAUAAUUGGCUCAUAAUAUUGUAAAGUACGUAAAAGACCAGGAGGGAUGGAGCCUUGCCUCUCUGGUUGUUCCUAGAAGAAGGAAACGCUUUUUUAAACGACAAGACAGAUGCUUUUAUUUUCUGUUUUUUUUUGUUUUGUUUUUUUUUUCUGUUCCCACAUUUCCUCCGAGCGGUUACCGUUAUUUGUGUUGUAGACGGAGGGGCUCAGUUUGUGAUCACUGGUGCUGUCUUAAAGUAUUGUUCAUCAGCCUUAAGUUGGAUUCUGGCUGUAGUAACUACUGCCCAGAUGCAGUCCAUUUCAGUAACGUUGUGUACUGUGACCGCUUCAAUGCUUGUUUUUUUUGUUUUGCCAAACUUUUCUGAAAAGCACUUUUACACGGCUUGUCGCUACACGGUUUAGAUAGGUCAUAACAUACAGAAAUGUAUAUUAAAAGAACAUAAGACAAGUGUUUCAAAAUGGAUACCUCUUCUUCUUGUAGUAACGUCGGAAUUUAAACUGUGUUGUAACUUUUUUCCUCUCAGUCAAAAACAUGGUGAGUUGCUGGGCACGUUUUUUUUGUUUGUUUGUUUGUUUGUUUGUUUUGAGGAAAGUGGCCUAAAUGCUGCUGGUUUCUUUUGGCACAAGUAGGAAUGACCGCCAGCCUGGCUUCGUACGGAAAGGUCCACAAGAGGUACUCCUUCAUUUUCCACCUGGAGAACAUCCUCAAGGCUGGGCUUUCUAUAAAGACGUAAUGGUAUAACAACAGUCCAGUAUGAUGUACAAAUACAAACUCCUGUACAGUGUUUUUACUCGCUCAUCUGUCAGAUCCAAAUUUUUUGUAUUUAUUACACCACAUUUUAUACCAAUUUGUUUUUCAGACACCAGUGCAGUAGCUUGUCUCCCUCUCCACCACAGUGUAAGUGAAAUAGACUAUUUAAAAAAACAUUGGGAGUUUUACAUAAUAUAUCUGUAUUUAGUCAUUGCAUUUUUUUUUUUUUUUUAACAUUUGGUGUAAUGAUUCCACACGUUGGUAACAGCCGCUGCUCAUCGACUUGUAUCGUGACUCACUGUAAUUGGUGUUAAAAGCAGUGUGAAGCAGUUCAAUAUAGGAAUGUAAAGAUUCAGUUUCAGAGGAGUUUUUGUGCUGUUUCUUUUUUAGCCUGGACUCAAGGACGUUUAUUUGUAAUCACGCCUCAACUUUUUGCUUGUGAUUCUACCCCAGUUACAUCACUGUUGUGUUUCUGCCCUUAAAAGAUUGUUUUUGUUUUGUUUUUUGAAGCCUCUCGACAUGCUCGUGUUAAAAGUCAAGCCACAUGGUAAAACUGUGCCAGUGUUUCCAAACCAUUUCAGUUAAUUCGGAGUCUUGACAAAUGCAGAGUGCAUACAUUCAGUUGCCAGUUUAUUAGGUACACCGAGAUAGAUCUAGCGCAGCAUAAUGCAAAA